AUGGCAGAGCCAGACGGCAUCAAGCAGGUUGACCAGUCAAUCUUUUCGACACCUUCCCCUGAUCAAACACUAGUUGUAGAGGAUGAUGCGAAGGAUGACACAGGCAUUUGCUUGGAUGAUCUGUCAUCCCAAUGCGAUCCACCUCUAGAGCCAAGCAUCUUUUCCAACCAGGAAGUUUCAGAAGGCACGAAAGAAGAUGAGAAAGAAGACGAGAAAGAAGACGAACUUGUACCCGACAAAGAUGACUCUGAAAGCAUUGCAGGCUCUUUGAGCUCGGCAUCGUUUAAGUCUACCACCUCAAGUCCAGACGAUGAAAAGAGCGUUGGCGGUACCUGUAGUGUUGGGUCCUGCUCGGAAAUUGAUGUUUUUGCCUCAACAACUUCUUUACCAAACUAUAUUGCUGAACUCAAACAAACUCCUGAAAAUGUACUGCAGACACAAGACGAUACCCUGGACAGCACCGAUGCAGAAAAUUGUGAACAAGUUAAUCCUUCGCAAUUGCUGGGGAAUCUUGGAAACGAGGAGGAUAAUGAAGAGUCUGAUCAUGAUGCUGAAUCUCCUCCAGUUGACCAGAAGGAAGGACACGAAGACCCCAUUGCAACUCCUGAUGAACGCCACACGGGAGAUCCACAGGAUCCACCUGAAAGGAUGGAAAGCGAGGAUCCAGAAGACGCACCACUUCCACCUGACUCGUUAAACCCGGUGGACAAGAAUAUCGAGUCGUUGGAUCCUGACCCAUUAGAAGAUGCAGACGAAACCGCCGAGUUAGUGGAAACAGUUUCCGAUGCAACCAAGGAGCAACCCAACAAGCAGCGUGAACCGGCCGUGUCCACUGAUCGCGACAGCCUGAUGAAAGAUGAACCAGACCCCACAGACGCCGCUGAUUGCAAGAUCCAACUUAAGGAUCAACAAAGCGAACAUCCCUCUGAUUGCGAGAGCCAACUCACGGAGCUACCAAGCGAACAUCCCAAUGAAGCCUCCGAUAAUGAGGGCCAACUUAGGGAGCAGAAAAGCGAACAACCCACAGAAAACUCCGAUGGAGAGAGCCAACUUGAGGAGCAACCAGUUGAAGCCUCUGAAAGUGAGAGCCAACUUGACGAGCAACCAGUGAACGAAACCACAGAAGCAUCUGAAAGUGAGAGCCAACUUGAGGAGCAACCAGUUAACGAAACCACAGAAGCAUCUGAAAGUGAGAGCCAACUUGAGGAGCAUCCGGUCAAACCACCCACAGAAGCCUCUGAAAGCAAGAGCCAACUUGAGGAGCAACCAGUUAACCAACCAACAGAAGCCUCAGACAGUGCAAGCCAACUUGAUGAGCAAACAGUUAACCAACCAACAGAAAGCUCAGACUGUGCGGACCAAGUUAAGGAUCCACCAACUGAACAACCCAAGGAAGUGUCUGAUGGCGACAUCCAACUUAAUGAGCAACCAUUUGAACAUCCCUCAGGAACAGCUUCUAUGGAAAGCCUUCUGAAGGAUCCAUCAAGUGAGCAACUCACAGAAAGCUCAGACAGUGCCGGCCAAGUUAAGGAUCCACCAGCUGAACAACCCAAGGAAGUGUCUGAUGGUGACAUCCAACUUAAUGAGCAACCAUUUGAGCAUCCCUCAGGAACAGCUUCUACGGAAAGCCUUCUGAUGGAUCCAUCAAGCGAGCAACUUACAGAAAGCUCAGACAGUGCGGGCCAAGUUAAUGAUCCACCAGCCGAACAACCCAAGGAAGUGUCUGAUGGCGACAUCCAACUUAAGGAGCAACUAUUUGAACAUCCCUCAGAAACAGCUUCUACUGAAAGUCUUCUGAAGGAUCCACCAAGUGAGCAACUUACAGAAAGCUCAGACAGUGCUGGCCAAGUUAAUGAUCCACCAGCCGAACAACCCAAGGAAGUGUCUGAUGGCGACGUCCAACUUAACGAGCAACUAUUUGAACACCCCUCAGAAACAGCUUCUACUGGAAGUCUUCUGAAGGAUCCACCAAGUAAGCAACUUACGGCUAGUGAAACCACAGGGCCCUUUCAUGCUGAUAUCCCGGUGCAGGAACCCUCUGAAGCAAAACUUCCGUUGGACAAUUCGUCCAAUAGACCCACAGCGACCACUGGCGGCGAGAUUGCCACAGGGGACCAAUCAAGUGAAAACAUAGAGUCCUCUACCGACGAGGAAACCUUGAAGGACGAGCCAAGUGGAAACGUCGACGAAGGUGCUGCAGCUACCUCUCGAGAGGAUGCUAUUGAUCAAGACUGCGCAGUGAUGGCCGCGCCCUUACCGCCAUCUUGUAAACUAAGGGAAAACGAUGAUGGCGCUGAGGUAAUGACGAUGGCAUGCUCAGCGAAUCCCAGCGGCAAGGUUGAUCUCCGCGCAGGGUAUUCACCUUGUACUGAAAUCAAAGAAGCUAGCGAGGAUACCACCACCCCGGUUGUUACCGAAGACGCCAAUGAGUCAGAACCAGUAGAAGCCAAUGUAUCAGUAGCAGUGGAGGAUUCAGUGGCUACAGCACAUGAUUUUCCUGUUUUGAAAGAUGAUUCGGCUGACAUAAGUAAUGGGCCAGACAUCUAUGGUUCAUCAAACUUGCUACCAAAAAUUGACCUGGACAACCUUCAACCGGACGAUCGUGAUGAUGCAGGACCUCCGGCCACCCACGGUAUCAUGGCACCAGUGGAGCUGUUCCGUUCUCGUUCCUCGGAUGCGUUGUCCACGUCAAGUGAUUCUUUCAAGCAGCAGCAUGAACCCGAAGGCGACUCCGAUUUUCUCCACCGAACGUUGAACAUCUCAGCAAUUGACACUUCCAUGCAGUACUCGGAAUCAUGUGGCACUGAAGAACUACCUUCUUUCACCACGAGCGUAAUGCCGGAGCAGCCUGAGAGCCAAGAAGUGCUUCUCCAUGAUAAUGGGGACGAUGCACCUGGGGAAGUUCUGCGUGACGAGAGCAAGGUCACGACAGAUCAUUCGCUGCUACUUCUCAAAACCAACGAAGGGGAACCGUCGAAGAACCGCUCUGCUAGCUUGCCACUGGAGGAAUCAGAGGAGCUGGUUGAUAGCACGUAUGAUGAAAGCAGUGACGAUGGCGAUGAUGACAUGGAUGAAACCCGUACGGAAAGGGGUCAUGAUGUAAGUGGUGCUUCCCUUCCUAGUUUCAUCUCGGCUGAACAAAGCUGGGAGUGCAUCGAAUUGAUCCGUGCGCCCUCGUCUCCGAGGGAGCCCUACGCAGAUGAGUCACAAUCAACUGCGGAGUCCAGUGCUGAAGUUCCUCGAAAGGCGACGCUGUUCGAUCCAACCUUGACAACUGGAGACUAUCGAUCUUCGACAAACCUCUUUGGAGCCAAUCGAAAGCAACCAGAUCUGGAUGACCCUCUUAUAUCCCGGCUGUCCAAGAAGUCUAGGAACUGUUCAACGCGAUCUGAACGAGACUACUCAAGAGCUGAAAUGCUUCAAAGUGGCCGCUACAAUGUCGAUGAUGAUGCCAACACUCCCGUGGCACGAAUGCGCCUCUCUCGGAAGCAGCACUAUGGAGAAUACCCGCAGUCUGACGCAGAUGGAUCACAGAUUCAAGAGCUCGAUUCGAGUACUACAGGUGGCCUCAAGAAGCAUUCGAGUUCAAGACAGUAUGAUCGUCCCAGGCCAAGAGUAAGCUUUGCUGCAAUGCACAAGGGACCCCACUAUGAAAGGCCCGAUCGCUUUCUAUCGCCUGAACGCGAUGGGGAGCCGCGUCAAACAGCACGUUCCGAAAAGGAAAAGCGCUCGAGGUUCGCAGCUUAUUUGAAACGAAGAAUGAUGGACUAUGGCGAAGGCGAGGAGGAUCCGAGUCAUCUUUACGACGAGAUCCCAAGGGAACUUGACCCAAACACAAUGUGCUCAUCUGUUGAAUCAUCGUUUAUUACUCUGGAGGCGAGGGCGGAAACUGUCGACGAUGGAGACACUUCUAUCACGGAGUUUUCACGUCGACGGCGACCAAAAGCGAACCGCUACGCAGAAGAAAGCGAUAGUGACUCAUCCUACUACGAUUCAGACUAUACCGAUGACGAGGACGAUACGAAGUCCCUGAACUAUUUUACAGCCUUUUUCGUCGACCCAGAUACUCAGACCGAAACGUUGGAAACCUUGUCGAAAUGGUGCGAAGACAUCGCUAUACCCUCGGCGCCCAAACUGGAAGAGUUGGUGAAGGUAGCCGCAGAUUUCACCUUGUCGGGCCAGACCAAGAAAGUAACUGCAAGGCCUCACAACAAAGGCCAAGAAAAUGCCUCCACCAGCUCAAGGAAUUCCUCCGAUAAGCCACACAAGGAAGACCAAGAAACGCCUAGCAGCACAAGGAAUGUCGCCGGGAAAGUUAUAAAAACGAAAGAGGAUUUUGUUGUCAACAAAGCAAAGCCUCGUAGCCAAGACCAAGAAGCUCUGAGCGAUUUUGUUGAUGAGCUGGAAAAGGAGGAGCCCAUGGUAGGGGAAGACGAGGCACCGUCUCAGGCGAAAGCACCGUCAAUUUCUAAGGGCAGUCAAGCAGAGGACGACUUGCCAUCAACUAGUCCAUCAACGGAAUCGCAGGAGUGCGGUGUCUUGACCCUAGAAGACUUCCAAGAGCUAGCCAAGAUGGCCGCUGCUGCUAUUUCGGAGGGCACCAAGCAGCAAGAAACCAAACGACCUGUGAUAUUGCGGGCUCACCCAGUGAUGCUCAAUUCUAGCACAGAUUCUACUGAAGCUGCGUGGGACCGCUUGGAGUACACUGUCGAUGACCUCGAAAGCGCCACAGGGAAGUGCUUCCAGGAGAAAUCCAAGGUACAUGAUCGAAUCGCUGCGAAACUCGAACACAUCAAAAAGACUCAACCAGAAGUCUACAAGGUUUUCCUAGCAAAAAUGGCAGCCGCAGAGAAGAGUGGUCGAAAAUUUGACUUCCGCCGAGAUGACUUGAUUCUGAGGGAAACCGCAAAAGAACCGGGGCCAACGACAACUCCUGGUGUCCAGCUGGUGGGCACGCCUUCUCCCCAGGCUGUCAACGAUGCGGAAGAUUUGAACACAGGGCACACAAAGUCGACGACCCAAGAACGUUGUGUGUCAGUGAAGAUUGAGAUAAACAACUCCGCACCGAAGUCGGUUGCUUCAGAGUGGGAAACGUUCGACGGCUCGCCCUUCACGCCGCAGAAAUCAGCACCUCGCCCGGCAGCCUCGGCUGCGUCAGCCGACGAAUUCAAGUGGUUGAACUCGGCCAAGGACAGCUUAGCCAGCACAAUGGAAAGCUUCAUCGAUGGCCCCAAGAAGAUGACAAAGCCCCUUCGGGCCAAACUGGCCAAAUACAGCAAGACGCAUCCAAAUCUCUAUAGCAUGUUGCUAGACAAGGUCAACGAGCGAGAGGCUGGACUCCACCCUAUCUCAGAAACCAAACGCACAAUGUCCGUCAAGGCAAAGAAUAUCCCAGACGAGGACGAUGACACAGUGGAAGGGAGCCAAGUGGAGGUGACUGAACAGGAUUUUGCGCUCCAGAAAGCUCCAAGUCCGUCGCUGCAACCUGAAGGAGUAACACAAGACAAAGACACUUUGCGUUAUGCGAUGCAGAUGCCGGCCACUUCUGCCGCUAUCGUGGCGCCCAUUCAGGCGGACACCAGUACACCAGGGCGCGAGCGAUCAACUUCUCCUUGCGUGGGCCAGCACUCCCCUUUACCACGCUUGCUCAAAGCGGAAAGCGAUAGCUUGGGUAGUCAUGAACCCACACCCAAAGCAGCUAUGGAAUCAAGUGGACCGGGGAGUGUCGACAGCAAGACAUCCAGCGAGGUUCAACCAGCCAAGGAAUCAAGUGAACUGGGGAGCGUUGAAAACAAGAAGUCUAGCGAAGUCCAACCAUGUCCCUCUUCCAAUAGAAUCUCAAGAACAGAUGCUUUGGAAGAUAGAUUGAGAAGAAGACAGUCGGGUAGUCUCGCGCCAGCCCAGAAGUCAGCCAAACACUCACCAAAUGUCUCAUUCCAAAGUAGCAAGUCCCAUCUAUCACCGGGUAACCCAAAGAGAAACGUUGCCAAGAAAAUCGAGUUCUUUACCAAGACAUCGAUCACAGAGGAGAAGCAGCGCGCCAUUGACCCAAUCACAGAGGAGAAGCAGCGCGCCAUUGACCCACCCACACAGGAUAAGGUGGGCAACGCACGGGUUUCUUCGCAAGUGUCAGUGUUCAAUAAGGAGCGAAGCCCAGACAAGGCUCAAGCUACACUGAAGCCGUCUCCGUCAAAGAACGCACCAUGUCCGCCCCCCAAAGCACACACUCAAAACCCUUACGAUGAAGAUGAAGAGUUUCAUCCAACCGAGGGGCGCAAGUUUGGUAAUCAGCGUUCCAAAACUCCGCUCUCCUCGAACCGCUCAAUCCGAAGUAGUACUGAUCUGUCAAAAACUGAAUCCAUGCAUGAGUCUUCACCCAUGUCGCGGUCUUCAGCUGCCUCUCGUGUUUCGAGUCGCCCCGAAGCUGUGCACGCUAGGCCGACCGCAAUUCGUACGGCAAUGUCCCAUUCCAAGGCCAAGAAGUCGAACCAGGCGCCCAAGUCGUCUGUGAAGACUUCAGCAACCAAAAUCUGCACGCAGCAGGAUGACAACCAAAGCGUCCCAGGGUCAGCCACUUCUUCACAAUGGGAGACAUUCGAAAGCUCUACCUUUCGAAAUUUUGUCAUCCAUUCUUUGACAGGGAAAACUGCCUCGGCGCCCAAGCAAAAAGAAACGCGUCCCACGCCGACACCAGCUGUCAACUCGCCGCCGCAACUGGACUUGAAAGCUACUUUUCUCGAUUCGAUAUUGCCCGCUCCUCCAUCAUUCCCAGUCAAGAGUGAAAUGCAUAGCCAAAAAGAUCCUUGGGACUUUUCCGAAGCAGCCGAGGCAGCAGAAGAGCAUUGGGAGCAUUUUUCACCCCUUUCUUUCGACAACAACUUUACAAACUGGGGCGUCCAAGGAAGACAGUCGCCGUUUCCAUCGAAAUCGAGAUUUCCGUCGUCGUCGAAAUCGAGGAGCAGAGCACAGUUCUCGCCUUCGUCCGUGGUUGAUCUCUGA